AUGGAUUACCGGGAGGAGAGCCGAGGGAACCUGUCCUUCGCAGCUCCUUCUGCGCAUGUGCAGUUCCUCUUCAUUGUUCGCCCGCUCCCUUGUCUCCGGCUUCGCACCGCAGGUAAUCGCCGAGCCUCGGGGUCGCCGCGCCGCUCGCUGAUCGAGUCCUGCGGGAAGGAUGUGCACUACAGGACUGGACUGUUACAGGGCUCGGUGUCAUUCGAGGAUAUAUCUGUGGACUUCACCCAGAAGGAGUGGCAGCUGCUGGACCCCGCCCAGAGGCUCCUGUACAGGGAGGUGAUGCUGGAGAACUACAGGCAGCUGGUGUCCCUGGGGCACUGUGUCACCACACCUGAGCUGAUACUCAAGCUGGAGCAAGGAGAAGAGCCAUGGGUACCAAAGAGAGAACUCCCAAGUCCGAGCCACCCAGAAGUCCAGAAAACCAAUAACGUGAAAGAAAGAAGCCAAGAAGAGGAAGAUAAAUAUUCCAAGCAAGCUUUAUUCUUCAACAACAGAAUAUUGAUUAAGGAGAGAAAUAAGACCUUGGGAGAAACAUUUAAUAUGGCCACAAACCCAGUACCCUCAAGAAAACGAUCCCAUAAAUGUGAUUCAUCUAGAACAAGUGUUUCAGAAUUAAUUGUUAGUAAUAGAAACCAUGUAAGAAAAAAGUCUAAUGAUAUGAAUGGAAGUGGAUUCCUUGAUACUAUGCAUGAGAAAACUCAUAUAGAGAACAAGCCCUGUGAAAAUGAUCACAAGAAGAAAUCCCACAGACAUAAUGAGGACUUUAGUCAACACCAGAAGAAUUCUGUUUUGGAGAACGUUCUUGAAUAUAAUAAUUGUGGGAAAGCCUUUCACAAAAAGACUGCCUUUGUUACACAUAAGAGAGCUCACAAAGGAGAGAAACCCUCUGAAGGUAAUGAAUACAGACAAGCCUUCACCCAAAAAUUAAAGCUCAGUGCUUAUCUGAGAACCCUUAGGGAAAGGAAACUACAUGAAUCCAGUAAAAGUAGGAAGCCCUUAUGCAUGAAGUCAACACAUGUACAUCCGAGAGUUCACGUACGAGAGAAACACUAUGAUUGUAAUAAACUGGGGAGAUCCUUUAGCAAGAAAUCAAACCUUACUCAACAGCAGAGAGAGUACAGAGGAGGAACACCUGAUGAGUGUAAUGAAAGUGAGGACACCUUGCAGAAGUCAUACCACACUCAAAGUGAGAGAACUCACGUGGGAGAGAAAAUCUAUGAAUGUGAUAAAUAUGGACAAUCCUCCCAUGAAAAGCCAUGCUUUCCUCAACACCAGAGAACUCACACAGCAGAAAAACAUAGCAAGUGUUAUGAUAGUGAGAGAGCCAUAACGGAGUCACACCUCACUCAAAAUCAGAGAAUUAACACAAGAGAGAGAAGCUUUAAAGAUGGUAAGUGUGAGAAGUUAAAACUCGCUCGACACCAGAGAAUGCACCCAGGGAAGAAAACUGCUGAGUGUCACAAAAGUGGGAGGGCUUUAAGUAAGAAGUCACACCUCACUCAAAAUCAGAGAGCUCACCACAGAAAGAAAGCCUACGACUGUAAUAAAUGUGGGAAAAGCUUUCAUAAGAAAACAGAGCUUACUCAACAUCAGAGCACACACACGGGGAAAAAACCCUAUGAGUGUAAUGAAUGUGGGAAGUCCUUCUUUGUGAAAUCCAACCUCACCGAACAUCAGAGAACUCACACAGGAGAAAAACCGUACGGAUGUAAUCAAUGUGGGAAGUCCUUCUGCCAGAAGUCAGCCCUCACAGUGCAUCAGAGAACUCACACAGGAGAGAAACCGUAUCAAUGUAAUGAAUGUGGGAAAACCUUCUGUGUGAAAUCCAACCUUACUCAACAUCAAAGGACCCACACGGGAGAGAAACCCUACAAAUGCAAUGAAUGCUGGAGAUCUUUCUGUGUGAAAUCCAACCUUGUUGUGCAUCAGAGAACUCAUACAGGAGAGAAACCCUACAAAUGUCCUGAAUGUGGGAAAACCUUCUAUGAAAAAUCAGCCCUCACAAAACAUCAGAGAAUUCACACAGGGGAAAAACCCUAUGAGUGUAAUGAAUGUAGGAAAACCUUCAGCCAGAGGUCAGCCCUCACCAAACAUCAAAGAAAAACACACAAGAAGAAAACUCCCAUCCAUGUUGCCCACAAGCAGAAACCUGCAUCCACAAAUCAGGUUCGGUAAAGA